CGGAAAUAAGCCCACCAAGUGGCGUAGCCUAAGACGGACCCAAGCUCAAACAAACAACCCUCUAUAACGCCACCACCACUUUCUGCAAUUUGCACACACACUCUCUCUCGAUACAGAAAAACAAGGGCAGAUGACUGAGGCAGUGAUAAGGGAGAAGCCAGGAAUGGCGAGUGUGAAGGACAUGCCACUUCUCCAAGAUGGGCCCCCUCCGGGUGGCUUCGCCCCCGUCAGAUACGCCCGUCGGAUACCCAACAAGGGCCCAAGUGCUAUGGCUAUAUUUCUCGCUGCUUUUGGUGCCUUCUCUUAUGGAAUGUACCAAAUCGGCCAAGGGAACAAGAUCCGCAGGGCACUGAAGGAAGAAAAGUUUGCUGCACGUAGAGCAGUAUUGCCUGUUCUUCAAGCUGAAGAAGAUGAAAGAUUUGUCAAAGAGUGGAAGAAGUAUCUCGAGUAUGAGGCAGAGGUGAUGAAGGAUGUCCCUGGUUGGAAAGUAGGCGAAAAUGUAUACAAUUCUGGGAGAUGGAUGCCCCCUGCAACCGGUGAGCUCCGCCCUGAAGUUUGGUGAUACCUUUUUCUUUUAUCUACUCUUUGUUCACUGUUGAGCUGUUUUCACUUCGUGGAAGCUUGGUCUUGUUCACAUUAAGCGAAAUAAAAGAUUUGGAAAUUAAGAAA